AUGGCCGCCAUCGCCGGCGACGGUGGCGGCGAAGGGCCGGUUGGCGGCUCGGCGCAAAAGCUGAUGGCGAGUGCGCUCUCGGGCUUGGAGGCGAGCGGCGGCGGCGGCAGGGCCCGGCUGGGAGAUGAGGGGUUGUCCGGCGGCAGCGAACCGGGGAUGGACCCUGCGGCCUGGCCGGCCGGCCUGCUGAGCGCGGCACUCGCCGCGGCCGAGGCGUCGGCCGGCGGCGCCCGCCUGCCGCGGCGCGCUGCCCAGCGGCUGCUCGGCGCGGUCAGGGCGGCGUGCGAGGCGGCAGCGCGGGCGCGCGCAGCGGGGACGGGCGCGCCGGAGGGGUGGCCGGCCGACGCGUCGCUGCAGUAUGUGCUGGCCUGCUGCCGCCACGGCGUUGCGCCGGCGCCAGCCCUGCUCGCAGAGGCUGUCGCGCAGGCCGCCGCCGCGCCCGCCGGCGCGCUGACGGCCGCGGAGGCGCACCGGCUGCUGCUGGUGCAGCCCAAGCGCCAGUUUGGCAGGAGGCAGCAGCGCCCCGCAGCAAACGGCGGCAGCGGCGCCGUGGCUGCGGCGGAGGCGGAUUUGGGUGCGGUCCCGGCCGUCCUGUCGACGCACCUGCAGCCUUGCCUUGCAGAGCUGUCGGCGCCGCAGCUGGCGCGGCUGCUGUCUGCUGUGGCCGCGCUGGGCGUGACGUCGCCGCCCCCCGGGUUUGCCGCUGCGGCCGCCGAGGCGCUGCGCGGCAGGCUCGUCCUGCUCCCCAAGGGACGGCAGCUGCUCGCUGUCCUCGAGCAGCUGCUCGCCUGGGGCCACCGUCCGAGCGCCGACUUCAUGCGCAGCUUCUAUGCAGCUGCCGACCUGCUGCUCGACACCUUCUCGGCGGUGGGCUGCAUCGAGCUGCUCGGCGCUUGCUGGCAGGCCGCGGAUCCAAACCGGGUCUUCGGGCGGGCGCCCGGCGCGGCAGCCGCGGCCGCAGCGGCCGGCGUGCUGGCGCCGCCAACCGCUCUGGUGUCCGCGGUCCUGUGGUCGCUCGAGGGCCGCAGCAUCUCACCAGCGGCAGCGGCCGAGGGCCUGCGCCUGCUGGGGGCGCUGCGCACGCGGCCGUCGCCGGCGCUGCUGGCGCACUGGUUCGACGGCGCCGCGCGCUCGGGGGCCCUCUCUGAGAUGCCGCCGCAGCUGCUGCUGGCCGCCGCGUGGGGCGCCUGCGUGCUGCGCGUCGCGCCGCCGGCGGUUUGGGUGGACGCUUUGCUAGAGGGUAUGAUCCUGCCCGGCCGCAUGGCGCUGUGCGCGCCAGCCACCCUCGCCGGCCUGCUGCGCUGCCUGCAGCGCCUUGGCGUCGCGCCCGCGCCCGCGUUCUGCGCGGCCGCGGCCGAGGCGGCCGCCGCGACCGCGGGCGGCGCGUGCGCGGAGAGCAUCUCCGUCACGCUGGCAUGCCUCGCGUCGUGGGGCGCGACGCCGCCCGCCGGCGCCGUGCGCGCGCUCGCGCUGCGCGCGGCGGACGCCGUCGCGGACGCAGACGGCGCGAGCGCGGCGCGGCUGUUCGCGUGGUGGCAGGCGGUGAGAUCUUGCCCGGAAGCCGAGCGGGUGCUGUCCAGCCUCGCGCCCGAGGAGAUCUUCAGUGUCGACAUAGCCAUGUGGACCGGGACGCUGCGCCACCUGCCGGAGCGCCCCGGCGGCGGCCGCGGCACCCUCCCGCCCGCCGCGCUCGCGCCGCUGUUCGUGGCGGCCGUGCACGCCGCGGCCCGCGACGGCGUCGCGCCGGCCGCGUGGCUCGACCGCGCCUGGCGGGGCGCGGCGGCGGCGGCGGCCGCCGACGACGCGCUUACCGCGUCGGAGGCGGCGGCGCUGCUGCUCGCCAUGCUCGGUCAGGGUCUGACGGUCCACUUCUGGGACCUGCGGACCGCGCAGGCGCUGCUGCGCGCCGGGUACCGCGCGCGGGAGGGCGCGCCGUCCGAAGCUAUUGAGUUCCUGCUGGCAGCUUCUGACGGCAUCACCGAGCUCGUUGCAACCAGCCAGCAUUACGCGGAGGACUGGGCCGCGAGCUGCGGGUCGGAAGCCCCGGGCCUGCCGCCAGCAAGCGCAGAAAUCCUCAAGCAAGCCGCCUCCGCCGCCGCGGAGGCCGAGCUGGCGGUCGCGCAGGCGAAGUACGAGCAGCUUGCGCAGCAGGCGGGGGCGCUGAUGGGCGACGCGGCGGACGGCGCUGCCUGGGGGACGCCGGCGCACAUGGCGCAGCUGCUCGAGGCGGGGGUCCUGGAGCCGCCGUCCAUGGGCGUGGGGGGGGAGCUGCGGCAGCUGCAGCUGUCCCUCAUCGAUGACGUCAGCGCAGGAUGGGUGCGCGCCGGCCUGGACGGGUGA